UGUGUGAGCGGCCAUUCUCUGCUCUAUAGGAACAUCCCAUUUGUGUCUGUCCACUUGUUAAUUAACAGCAAGUGACCUUGCUAUGCAACAUGCUCCACCAGAGUUCCUGGAAGCUUCCAGCCAGCGGGCCUUCUUGAAGACCACCCAUGCCCGUCAUUCCCAUCCCGCGGCGGGUCCGCUCCUUCCACGGCCCUCACACCACCUGUAUGCAUUCUGCCUGCGGGCCAUUAUGCACCGCUCAGCUCGUGCGCACCAAGUACAAUAACUUGGACCUGUACCUGAAGUCCCGAUGGAUGUAUAGUUUUGUCCGCUUCCUUCUCUACUUUGGCUGCAGUCUUUUCACCUCAGCCCUGUGGGUGGCGCUGUCCGCUGUCUUCUGCGUGCAGUAUGUCAGUGUGCGCGUUUUCCUUCGCCUUGAGUACAAACUGUCCGUCAUUCUCCUGCUGCUCGGCCACAGACAACUGGACUUUGGCAUUGUCAAUGAUCUCUUCAUAUACAGCAUGCACGUGACCAUGUUUCUGAUUGGUGGACUGGGCUGGUGUUUCAUGGUCUUUGUAGAUAUGUAAA